UUCUGAUCACACGUCUUCCGGAUAAGUUGCUGCUACGGGUUUUUGCCUAUCUGUCACACGUCGAACUAUGCACAAUCGCACGCGUAUGCAAACAGUGGAGACGAUUGGCCUACGAUUCCUCUUUGUGGCAAGCACUGAAUCUGCGACUGGAGUACGGCGGGAUUUUUGUUCGGUCAAUCGAUGACUUGCUCAACCUGAUCCACCAACGUUCCGGAAGUGGCCUACGACGUAUUGAAUUAUCCAGUGACUUCAUCACAAUCCCCGUCCUAGAGGAGUUGGGCAACCGAUGUCCAAGUUUACGCUCAUUGACUUUGGAUUUCAGCAAUGCAAUGCAACUGCACGACUUUAACGAACUCGCAGCCUUUCCGUCCUCGUUGCACUAUUUGUGCAUUUGUCUAAGUGAUGUGAUUUUCAUGGAAGGUCUGAUGCGCAAAAUCUACUCGUGUCUCUCAUCAGUGGAAAUAUUACAUCUUAUUGGUAAGUUUUGUUGGACGGUGAGUGGCUCUAAUAUGAAUGAUUGA